AUGCCUCUCGGAACCCCGAUCGACUCGACCUUUUCGAUGGUCAAAGUGGCCAGAGCCUCCUCGGACGACGAAGACGAUCAACAAUACUGGCUGUACGAUCCCUCUCGGAAGCUCGCCGACGUGGCAGCUGUUGUCUUUGCCAUCCUCGCCAUUGCCCAUCUGAUUCUCCUCAUCAUACGAAGAUACUGGUUCUGCUUGCCAUACGCACUUGGGGCGCUCCUCGAGGUCGCUGGGUAUGUCUUCCGAGACCUGUCUUCUCGCCACCAAGACAAGCUCUAUCUCUAUGCCGCGCAGCAGAUCUUCAUUCUCGUUGCACCCGCCCUGUUCGCGGCGGCCGUGUACAUGACACUUGGGCGCCUGAUGCGAGCCACGGGGUGCACUCACCUGUCCCCCGUCCGCAUCACCUGGCUCACCAAGAUCUUCGUCUUAAGCGACAUUCUCUGCUUCUUUGUCCAAGCUAUCGGUGCCGCGAUCCUCAGCAACGCCAAGUCUGACGACAAGGACAAGCAGAACCUGGGCAAGGACAUCGCCUUGGCCGGCCUCAUCCUCCAAGUCGUGAUAUUCUUCUUCUUCAUGUUCAUCGCUGUCAAGUGGCACUUCCGCAUGCACCGACGCGUCAGCUCCAGACACGCCAAAGCACUCUCGGGCAUGAGAUGGGAGCUGGGUCUCUGGAUCUUGUACGUGGUGAGCGUCAUCAUCUCGGUCCGGAACAUUGUCCGUGUCAUCGAGUUUGCCGAGGGUGCAAGGGGUUACUUCUUCACGCACGAGUGGACCUUGUUCGUCUUCGACGCCCUGCUCAUGGCGCUUGUCCUGGUCCUCUGCUACAGCUGGUACUUUAUCCUUGGCUCGUACAGGGACGGCGACAUGAUCUUGUCCCAAGAGGAUGACCACGGCCCCUCAGGCGAAACCACGAUGCCUCUUCAGCCACCUCUACCUUACCACGGCUUCGACUACAGCAGACCUAACAAUGGGUAUGCCUGA